AUGCAAAUUAAUUUGUGUUGGUUAUCCCAACAACCAAGUGAUAUUGACAACCACCUCUGGAAUAUCGACCCUAUUCAACUGAGCCUAGUCCGAAUCAUCAUCCGUUGUGUACUCAUACGCUAUAUCCUCAUCCGACUCACAAUCGCUUUCAUAAUAAUAAAUGUAGUUCUCCGAACUAUCCUCAUCUUCAAGUUGUUCAAACCAUUGCGAGUUCAUCCGGACACUGUCUUGAAACUGCCCUUCUACACGGAAUGUGACCUCGAUGUUAGAGAGAUUUAUAAACUCGUCGUUAAGGAUCCUGAUAAUCUCCUCAAUUUCAUACUUGAUUCUUUCGUUGCCAGAAUAGUCUUCUCGUGUUGGGAAGGUGAGGUUGAAGAGCGUCGAGAGCAGCGAGGUAGAGUAUGGGCGCCGCUCAGAAAUAACUCGUCUUUGGAUAGUUCUGGAACAUCGCUAGAAAGGAUUUAUAUCCAGCGAACUAAAGAUGGACUUUUCCAAGAUGCUUGA